UGCAUACAAAAACUGUGCUGAAAAAAAUAUCGGGAGCAUAUUCUAUCUGGAACUCAAAAAUAUUCUGGACUAUAACGGAUGCAGUUUGACAGGAGGAUAAAAUGGAAGAUUGCUGCAGUAAUGAAAUGCGCAGUCAAACUUUUCACAACUUGUUGAAAUCAGUAUUGGAUUCUAAAAUUGUUAACAUUCAAGUCUUCACCGUGGCCGUUGGCAUCCUAUUCAUCGUGAUUCUACUAAAAAAUCGCUUUCGUAGUUUCUGUGGCACUUGACUAUAAUAAGACAAGGAUGUAUGUAUGUCGAUAUAUGUUGGUAUUGUAAAGCUGGAUAUGUAUUAACUUAAUAAAAUAAGAUUAAUUAAAUGUAA